CUCUGAUCUCUCUAUGGUACGGACGCCCGAUGUCAGACUCAAGUUCUUUGCUCAGGAUACUUUGUCUAGGCGAUUCACUCACGUCCGGCUAUGUUAGCCCCUAUCAGCCCAACGCCAGGCCGUAUGCGAUAGGGCUCGAGGAGGUCCUCGAGAGAGCACUGCCUGGUAUCAGGAUAGAUAUCACGGUGAAUGGCGUACCAGGAGCGUGUGUCCAGGAUGAUUUUAUGCAGCGACUGGUCGAUGAGAUUGGCGAGGAUAAGAGCACGUCUCCCUUUGAUUGGAUCGUCAUACUUGGAGGCACAAAUGACCUCGCAUUCGCGAGCAGAGAAGGCGUCAGGGGGAUCUAUCAAUCCCUCGAACGUCUCUACGCUCUCGCUCUGAGAGGGGGAUGUAGAGUUCUCGCUUUGACCGUUCCGGAGACAUGUUGGGGUCAUCCCAGUCUACCGAAAGACGAGUUUUACGAAAAAAGAGACCAGCUCAACAAUCUCAUUAACUCGUACAAGAGGGACAAUUAUUACGUGUUCGACCUCCACCAGGCCAUUCCUUACAUGAACCUCAGUAAGGAGGACAAGAAGCUCUACUGGGCGGAUGGAGUCCAUCGUACUGCUCUAGGAUACGACAUCAUGGGGGAAAAGAUUGGCGAGGCGCUCUUGCGAUUCCUGCGGAAUGUAUAGUGACCGGCUUAAAUAGCUUCAUCCAUCUAGCAGACAUGACGGUCAUCGGUCAGAGAGCAGGCCCAUCUUCAGUCAAAGCAUCUCUCUACAUAUGUCCGGUCACUCUGCUCUCCUAAUCGUGGCCUUCACAGCUACUGAAGCAUACCCGGGCUACCCGGGCCAUGACGGACCCUU